AUGGGGAGCCAGAAAGUACCCGACGCGUGGGACGAGGAUUGGGAGACACAGGCCGACAGGGCCGCCAAGGCAGAGGAAAGAGAACCACCUGUAACCCAAGCACCCAAGACCAAAGCGGAGCGCUGGGCCGAGCACCGCGAGCUGAACCGCCAAAUAUGGGAAGCAGCUGAGGCUCCCGCAGAGUUAUAUCACGUAGCCGCCACCAGUAACGUCCCACUCACCCAAGGCUUCAAGCCCCAAAUGAAGCUCCUCAGUCGCAAGCCUCCGCCCAAGACAGUGAAGACCAAAGACCCGGUGACGGGUAUGGAGAAGCUGACCAUCCAAGACGACGUGGAGGAGGAGGAGGAAAAGCCGCCGCAGCCAACACCAGAGCAGAUUCGGGAGCGCCAGCAACGCGAACUCGAGGAGAAGCAGCGCAAGUACGAGGAGGCGCGCGCGAAAAUCUUUGGCGAGGCUCCAUCAGGGGUGUCGUCAGGGGCGUCCACGCCAGGGACUACGACACCUCCUCUCACAGGAGAGGGCGGUCGAGGAAACUAUCGCGGCCGAGGCCGUGGGCGAGGUGGGAGGGGUGGGCGUGGUGGUCAGCGGAACCAAGAGAAUUACAACAAGACCGAGGCGCAGGAUCGACGACCAGGGAACAAUGCUCUCGUCAAUUGCGCGGUGCUGGCACCGUUUCGCCUCCUCGUGGCCCAGAACACGCGAUUCGAGCGCCGAGGGGGCCAGAUGACAGUGGGCGAGGCGGGUUUGGUUUUGCAAAUCGCGGCGCCAAAGAGGGAUGAUUUCAAUUCAGUGUAUCUGUGCUGA